UUUUUUUACAUUUUCAUGAAGAUUACAACUUACACACAUAAAGACGACAACAACAAGUGGCUAAUAAAACCAUAUAACAAAGAAGCCUUCGACAGUACUCAAAUAGUGAAACAUGGAGACCUAAUUCGUUUGGAACAUGUGCCUACUCAUCGAAAUCUUCAUUCUCAUAAUGAGCCAGCGCCGAUGACUAAAAAACAUUUACAAGUAACUGGUUACGGUGAACAAGGUAUUGGAGAUGCUAAUGACAUUUGGAAACUGGUAAUUGUUGGGGGUAAAAGUAAUGAUACUGUAAAAACUGUAACAACAAAGUUUAAAUUGAUCCACUAUUUACAAAGCUGUAGUUUGACAUCAAGUGGAAAACAACUGCCCAAAUGGGGUUUCGAACAACAAGAAGUUUCAUGUAAUCUAAAUAUUCGAGAUAAAAAUUCCAAUUGGAAUAUUGAAGACAACAAACAUAAGAACUUGUCUAGCGUAAGCUUCAGUGUUUAUGCUCCUGGAUUUUUAUCAAGAUUUAUAGAAUCUCAUGCCGUCAUGUUUCAAGGCAACUCUGGACUUAAACCAAAAGAAGGCGAAAUCACAAGUCGUCCCUGGCAAUGGCCUAUUAAUUAUAGAGGACAAUUCUUUUCUGGCAGUUCAUAUCGAAUUUAUUUAUUGGGAAAUCCAAUCAUUUGGUGGAGCAAUCUAGUAUUCCUGACAUUGUUUGUAAUAGUGUUUGUUUUUAAUGCCAUUAAACAGAGACGUGAAGAUGGGAUUCGAUAUUUAAAAUGUAUUACUAUCAAAACUAAGAAUAUUGAUGGAGGAUGCGAAUUAAAGACUAAUAAACAAUCAUUGAUUAAUUCCAUGACGCUUAAAGCAGCAAUUUGGUUAUUUUUUGGAUGGAUUAUUCACUACUUGCCAUUUUGGGCCAUGGGUCGUGUUUUGUAUUUUCAUCACUACUUUCCUGCAUUAAUAUUUAAUUCGAUGUUAUCAGGAGUUAUGUUUCAUUAUAUAACUAGCCGCUUGCCAAGAUGGCUACAACAUUCACUGCUGGGUGGUUUGAUGUCAGUGCUGGUUUAUAGUUUCCUGCUAUUCUCGCCACUUGCAUAUGGAAUGAGUGGACCUUUAGCUAAUGAACCUAACUCAACAAUGCACGGCCUAAAAUGGUUAUCAACAUGGGAAUUUUAAUUAGCAAUCGCUUCUACGAACAAACUUUUAUUUCAACAGAGGACACACCUUCGAACCGACAGUCCUACACAAUAAAAUACCCUAAAAUAAGUAAAAACGCAAAUGGGAAGAACAAUGAAAGAAAAUAUUUUAUAAAUAUUCGUCGUUACCCGCAGACAUGCAACAAAUGGAAGUAAAAUUGAAUGCAGAUUUUCGGGACAAAUAUGUUCAUUUCUAAUUGGUGUUUUCCACUAAAUGUGUUUCAUUGUAUAAUUUUCAAUAUAACAUGUGCAAUAAAUAAAACAAUAAAAUGCAAAAAAAGUUAAUUAUAAUA